GGAAGAAAGUAACUUUUUAAAAAACCAAACAUGAGUUUGCACAUAUUUUGGCCAGCAAGUGCGUGCCUUACGCUUUUUGUUGUUGGCGUUAUUAUGAUUCUAAUUAAAUAUGGACCACAGAUUUGUGGUCGACAGGAAUUUCGUUCACAGAAAUACAAAAAUGAAGCUGAUGAUGAAAUUUAUGCUCGUGAAGUUUCUGAAUCAAUAGCAUAAAUUAUGCUUAUUUUAAAUAAUAUAACUAAUCGCUUUUUAAGCGAUAUAGAUAUCUAUCAGCUCAUUUAGAAAUCCAGUAUUUCAAGAAACUAAUAAUUUUUAUAUAAUUUGUAGUUUUUCUUUUAAUAUCCAUAAUUAAUUUUUGAUCUUUUAUUACUCAUUUUUUUUUAUUUACAACAAUUCCGUCCAUUGCAUGACUGCAUAGUUAAUUAUUUUAUACGAUAAAUUUGUAAAAUUUUAUAAAAAAUUUAUACAAUGUUGUUUACGUACGUACAUUGACCAAAAAUGUACAAAAUUAUAAAAGAUUCGAAUA